AUGAGUAUGAAUUUUCAAAAGUUGAAUAAUUUGAAUAUUCUUGGAAAUAUAGUAUCGGCGAACAUGCUACCGAUGACAGGCGAGAAAACUAAAAUGCCUACCGUUUUGAAACUGUACGUGUUAGUGGUUUGGACGUUCUCUAUGAUAUACUUCAUCACUAUACUCUACGGUUUAUUAAAAGUGCCAAAAGAUAAAGUAUUGAAGGGUGGUGCGAUAAACAUGGUGGUUAUGUUUGAAAACUUGUUCUUGAUGCUUCACUUCUAUAAUAAUAAGAAAGUGCUCAGACAAUUGAUUAGAACGCUGAACAGUGUUCUUACCAUACCCGACGAAAUACUCAGAACUGUUACCACUAAGACAGUGAUGAUACUGCAGAAAGCAAUGAAAACAUACAUUAUAUUCUCUAUAAGUGCACUUAUCUUUUGGAUGCCGAUACCAGUCAUGGAAGCAUUUCACCGAAAUCAGUUCUACUAUGAGGAUUAUCAACUGCCGAUGGCUGUGUCGAAGGAACCAUUUUCGACCCAAAUUUUUGUCGCCGGUAGUGUUUUUCAAUUUUUUGGCGCCGUGUAUAGCCUCAUACGAAAACUUAGCCUUGAUUUGUACAGUAUGCAUAUAAUCCUUUUGAUGACUGCUCAGUACAAGUAUUUGAAUAAGAAAUUUACAUCUGCACUUGCUAGCGAUCCUGUUCCUGGAAAUGAGAAUCAAUUCAGACGGGAACUGGGAGGUUUGAUUCGACAUCAUAGAAUCGUACUUCGGAUGACUGCUUUAUUGAAACAAGUAUUUUCCCUAAACGUCACAUUGCUCUACGUAACCAACGUUUUUCGUCUCUGCUUUUUAAGUUUUAUGAUUGCAACGGCCUCCGAAGAAUCGCUUGUGGCAUGCUUGGUUAUAAUCUACACAAUUGGUGCACUGAUGCAGCUAUACAUGUUCUGCUUUUGUGUUCAACAAUUAGUGGAGACGGUCGAAGAUAGUCCCAAAGAAAAAGAUUUUCAGCAAAAGGUGCUAUUUGAAGACUUUGAGAUUUAG